UAAGGCGGUGGCGACGCGGCCGUCCCGGCGUGCGGAGCUGCGGCACCCGGGGACAGGCAGGUCGUGCGGCAGCGGCGGCAUCAUGCGCGAGUGCAUCUCCGUCCACGUCGGCCAGGCCGGCGUCCAGAUGGGCAACACCUGCUGGGAGCUCUACUGCCUGGAGCAUGGCAUCCAGCCCGACGGGCAGAUGCCCAGUGACAAAACCAUCGGCGGAGGGGACGACUCCUUCACCACCUUCUUCUGUGAGACUGGGGCUGGCAAGCACGUCCCACGGGCCAUCUUUGUGGACCUGGAGCCCACCGUGAUCGAGGCCCAGGUGGACUCGGGGUGUCCCCAGAUCCCUGGAGGGAGCCGGUAG